CGCCCAAUCCCCAAAUCCAAAAUCCAAAUCGCUCCGCCUUCUCCAAUGGCGUCCUCCCCCUCAUCGUCGUCGAAGCCGACGACCCCCUCCGCCGCCACUCUCCAAUCGCGCCGGCAGCGCCGCCGCCGCUGCAUCCUCAUCACCCUCGCCGCGGCCGUCUCCCUCACGCUCCUCCUCGCCCUCCUCCUCGCCGCGCUCUGCCUCCGCCCGCCCACCACGCGGCUCCUCUCCGCAACCCUAGCCGGCGUCGCCCCGCGGUUCUCGCUCCUCCCGUCCCCGUCGCACACCCUCAACCUGACCCUCCUCCUCGCCGUCGCCGUCACCAACCCCAACCCCGCCUCCGCCUUCGCCUACCCGUCAGGGGGCGCCGCGGCCGUCUCGUACCGCGGGAGGGAGGUCGGAGAGGCCCGGAUCGAGCCGGGGGAAGUCCCCGCCGCCGGCGACGCCGUGGUCCGCGCCGCCCUCACGCUGCAGGCCGACCGGCUUGUGGGCGGGGAAGGGGGUGUGGGGAAGGUGGCGGAGGACGUGGAGAGCGGGGCCAUGGAGGUGGAGGCGGUGGCCAGGGUGCCAGGCACCGUGGUGCUCCUCGGCGGCGUGAUCCGGCGCGCCGCCGUGGCGCGCUCCGAGUGCACGAUCGUGUUCGACGUCCUCGAGGCCCGCGUCGUCAGCCACCGGUGCCGCGACCGCGCCGAGCUCUGAAAUGUGUUGUUCCAUCCGCCGGAGAAGAAGAGGAAGCAGAUGCUGUUGUCCGGCGCCGGCGAGCGGUGGAGGCGCGAUGUGCCACGUCACGGACACACAACACGUGGCGGGACUGCCACGUCGGCUUAGCUUUCUUCUUGCCGUGAAGUUGAUGUUCGACCUCGGAGCACAGAAAUAUUAUUAUCUGUAGAUAGAUGAUGAUUCAGGAUGAAAUAUAGAUGACGAUGAUUCGGAGCAA